CCCUCACAAGACUCCGUUGUUUUCAGUUACGGAAGAAGUUAGCUAGCCAGGUGUGUUGACAUUGAGAAGGGUAUCAAUAAUCUGACGGUCAUAUUUUACAAGAAACACCAUCAUGUUGACCGCCGCAAAGCGACUCGCCGACUUCGGAUACCGGGGGUUUUCUGCCUCGAUGAUGCUGUUGACACUCUACGGGGGAUACCUGUGCACCAUGCGGGGAUACCGCUACAUGAACAAGCAAAAAGAGCUGCAGGUAGCGGCAGAAAACCAAGACGUGGAGGUCCUCAAGCCAUAGAGGACUGGAACUGAAUAGUUUGUCCACAAAAUCAUGGACAUUUCUGUUCCUCCCAUGGGACUGUUAUGUGAUAACUAUUUGGGUGUGGAAGUUUUGUGUGCCCAGAUGAGUAAAGGAGAAUCUACUCUUCAUUUACUGUCAAGUUCAUAAUUUGUCUGCUAAAAGGAGAAGGGGCAGAGGACUGGAGUUGACUGAAAAAUGGGUUGACUCCUUCCAGCUUAAACUAAAUGUCAAAUCAGUCUCUUGUCAUAACUUGCUCGGAUCAUACUGAAUCAUAGUUUGUGUGGUGGGAUCUUCAAGGUUAUGUACCAACCGUUAAUAUAAAUAAAUACAUCUUACACAAAUAAA